UUUUAGGGCAGGAGGCAAUUCGAGGAUUAUAGAAACUUGGAUGUGAGGCCAUUUCAAAAGAGGCUCUGCAUAGAGUUUCAUACCAAACACUACCAAACUGUCAUGGCGGACAAGUAUGUGCUUCUGGCAUUCUUCGUGGCCUUACUAACGUGUAAAAGUUUUGCUGACAAUGAGGAGGUUGCUGGAGCUAAGAAUGAAAUAAAUGAUGCUGCAAAAGACUUUGAAAAACGAUUUUCAGAUGAAAUACAAAAGAAAAAGGAGCAGCUAGAAUCAUUCAUAAAUGAAACAAGUUUUCUUGAUGGAUUGAAUCUGACACUAGGUCAAGAAGAAACGGAUACACAGUUCAAUGAAACUGAACAGACGGAGGAAGCAACUAAAGAAAAAGCACGGUGGAACUGUAAUUUGAUGUCCCUGUUUUCUUCUCAGGAGGAACAAAAAGUUGUUUUAGUAAAGAAUGACACACAGCUAUCAGAUGUCAUUGCAAAGUCAAAUGAAAGUCAAAGUUGCUUUUUGUUGUAUUUUUAUGUUGGUUGGUGUGAGUUUUGUGCAGAUUUUGCUGCAGAGAUAAAUACUGUUGGAAGAGUUUACUUUGGUUUACCUGUAUUGGCAGUUGAAUCAUAUUAUUUGUCAAGUAUUGCUGGCAAGUUUGGAGUAACUGGUGUUCCAACAUUAAUUCUUUUCUACAAUGGUCGUCCAGUUGCUAAGUUCAACAGAACAAGAUCGUUACAAGGAUUAGAAGAUUUCAUCAGCCAUACAACUGGUUUAUCUUCAAAUAUAUCCAUGCGUACUGAUGACAAAGACUUUGAAGGGCCUCUUCCCACUAAAAUUAGAUGAGCAAGGUGACAUUUAUCUUACCUUGUCAUUCAUUUCAAUUGUUGUAAUUGCUAUUACCAGUUGGUGUUUAACUGAACAAGCCCAGUCCAUAAUCAAAAUGCUUUGUAAUAGGUUCAAGUGUUGGGCUUUACAUGAGAAAACUGACUAAUUUAAUCCUGUAAUGCUAAUAGUAGAUGCAGUUAUUUAUUAAGAAAUUGAAAAGUGUAUAAAUAUACCUUUAAAACAUGGCUGUUCAUAAAAUUUCAUGGUUAUGUUGUAAGUUUAGUGAUGGUAACAAAGGUUCACCAAGAUUUGUUACAUAAUUAUAUGCCUGAUGUGCAUUUAGAUACAUUUUCAAUCACUUUUUCACUUAUCAAACAAUAUACAAUGAUACAUUUGAUAAUUUUUUUUAAAAAAGUGAAAGUCAUGAGCCACCGUGGCUUCUUUUUCUUUUCUGUCCAAUGUUUCAGUUUUUACCCUCAUUGCAUUCUCCAAUAUAAUUUUUUGCGUUAGACAUCUUAUUUAGAAAAUUUUGAUCAUUAUACCAAUCAAAAAUUUGAUUUAUUGAGACUGAUGAAAAUUUAUAACUGGUAAACAAUAAUGCCAUGAAAGAUAACGAUUCCUUUUGUUCAGUCAAGCAUGAUUUAAGAAACCAUAAUCCUUUCUACCCUUUUUGUUCUUUGUUAACAGCCCUAGCUCUAACAAGUUUUUAAGACCAUACUAAGUAACUUGGCAUUGGGUUAUGCUCAAGAGCAUUGAAUCCAAGUGCUAGUUUUCAAAGCCAUGUAAUUGUAUGGUUUGCUUAAAUGUAAAAUUUUAAUUGUGACAUGUAAAUUUUUAUAUUAUAAAUAUCUCCACUUUAAAUCUUAUUGCUAUAAUUUCUAAGUUUCGUGUAUAUGUUUAAAUUCAUUUUCUCGUUAUUAUGUAAGAACCAGCCACCUUCACCAGUUUUAUUUGAACUUUUGUUUUGGCUACUUGUACCUGGUGGUUAGGCAUAAUAUAUAAAGCAGCUGGAAUUAUA